AAAAAAGCACUAAAAUGAUUUACAUAGAUAUUGAAACUAUAGCCGUUAGAUCCUCUGGUACAGUAAAACUCAUCAACCGCUAGUAUUUAUUAUUUAACGCUUCUAAUCCAUAAGAGUUUUAAGAGAUAGCAGAGCGUUAUUAUCGUCCUCUCACAGCCUAUCGUCCGUGGCGGCCUGCCUCAUCCUUCUUCAGGUUUUGAACAUAAACAACAUAAAUGGAAGAGGUAGAGGAACAAUCUAAAGAAAUGGCGGAUUCUUAUGUGGGCAUUGAAGAAGUACUCAAUGAGUAUUGUGUUGCGGAUGUUGUUGAAGCUCCAUUACGAUUACCCACUUUGGGUAUGGAGUUUAGCUCUGAAGAUGAUGCUAGAAACUUUUACAAUGCCUAUGCUAAGGAGAUAGGUUUUAGUGUCCGUGUCAACUCAUAUUAUCGGUCAAAAAAGGAUAAUUCAAUCAUAUCCCGGGAGUUUUGUUGUUCUAAAGAAGGUUUUCGUCGAGAUAGAAGAGCGAAGAGGAAGGGUUCGGGUUCGGAUUUGGAUACAGUUUGUAAUGGUGUUAAAAGGAGGCGUUGUAGGCCUAUCACUAGGGAAGGUUGCAAGGCAGUGAUGACUGUGAGAAAACGAGAUGAUGGGAAAUGGUUUGUGGCAAAAUUAGAGAAAGAGCAUAACCAUGAGCUAGUCACUCCAACAAUGAGGCAAUUUCUAAGGUCGCAUAAGCUUGAAUGUGAUCAGAACAAGAGCUUAAGUGACUCUAUUGGGUCUCCUACAUUGAGCAUAAGUAGUUCUUUGAAUGGUUUGGCUGAUGAGGAUGGUAACAGCUUUGGCAAAAUGUCAUUUUCCAAUGUUAACUACAUUGGAAGAGGAAGGCUGAGCUCUUUUGGUAUAGAUGCCCAAAGUCUACUUGGGUUUUUUAAGACUAUGCAAGCUAAUGAUUCUUCAUUUUAUUAUGCCAUUCAGGUUGAUGAAGAGGAUAGGCUAAGCAGUGUGUUCUGGGUUGACACAAGAUCUAGAAUUGCUUAUAGUUGCUUCUCUGAUGUUGUAGCCUUUGAUACAACUUAUCAAGUAAAUCAAUAUAAAAUGCCCUUUGCUCCUUUUACAGGGGUAAAUCAUCACAAACAGUCUAUGUUGUUUGGUUGUGCUUUGCUUGCUGAUGAGACUGAAUCCACUUUCAUUUGGCUCUUCACUACUUGGCUUGAAGCAAUGUCUGGACGCCAACCUGGUUUGAUUAUUACUGAUUAUGACUCAACUAUUGGUAAAGCAGUACAACAAGUUUUCCCACACUCAAAACACCGGUAUUGCAAGUGGCAUAUCAUGAGCAAAAUGCCCAAGGAAAUGGGACUGGUUUAUGGUGCACUCCCAAGGACCUUUCAAAUGGAGUUUGAGAAGUGUGUUAAUAAGAAUGAGUCACCUGAUGAAUUUGAAUCAACUUGGGAAGGGCUUCUUGACAAAUACAAUCUUAGGGGAAAUGAUUGGCUUCAAUCGCUUUACAUCGACCGCAAAUUGUGGGUUCCCAUCCUUGUAAGGGACACAUUCUUUGCAGGCAUGUAUGGUGCUCAGAGAAGUGGGAGUGUCAAUUCACUUUUUCAUGGCUACGUGAAUGCAGGGACUACCUUACAAGAUUUUGCAGAACAAUAUGAAAAGGCUCUAAAUGACCAAUAUGAGAAAGAAGCAAAGGCAGAGUUUGAAACAUUUUAUACUAAACCAGUUUUGAAAACCCCAUUGCCAGUGGAAAAACAAGCAGCAGAACUGUACACAAGAAAAAUGUUCUCCAUGUUUCAGGAUGAAGUUUUCGAGUCUCUUGUGCUUGCUGUGAAAUUAUAUGGAGACGAGGAAGGAAUCACCAGAUACGAGGUAGCUAGAUUUGAUGAAAGACAUAAAGUUUAUGCUGUCGAAUUCAGAGUUAACAAGCAAAUUGCCACUUGUGAUUGCAAGAUGUUUGAGUUUGAAGGGAUCAUAUGCAGACAUGUUCUUGCAGUAUUCAAAAUAACAAAUGUGUUUAUGCUUCCACAACAUUAUAUCUUAAAGAGGUGGACAAGAAGUGCCAAAGAUGAGGCUGUUUCGGAUGAAUUUUCAAGGUUUGGCAAUCAGAGUAGUUCUCAUAAAGGCAAGAAUUUGCAGUACAAUAUUUUGUAUCAGGAAGCCAUUAAAUGUGCAGAGGAAGGUAUGGCUUCUGACCAUAUUUUCAAGGUGGCAUUAAACGCCUUAAGGGAAGCUAGGAUUAAAAUUGUUGGGGCCAAGAAAAAUGCCAUUCACACCCCAAAACUAGAAACAAUGGUCAGCAGCCCAAGUAAGCAAGACGAUAAUAAUACCAAGAUUACAGUCAGAUAAAACAGUUUCAUCUGAUGAAAAAGAGAAAGAUAAUGUCAAGCCAACAAAGAAAUUUCAGCAUAAACCUUAGUAUCUCCAAAUAUGUGGCAGAGCAAUUUUCACAUUGUAAGUGCACUGAUCAUGAUAAACUUUUAAGGAUUCAGUUUAAACAUAUCAAUGGUAUUGUUAUUAUCUCUUAUACCAUAACUGUAUAUGUUGUAAAGAAUAUUGGUCCCAAAUUUUUGAGAAGAUGUAUAUUUUUUCAAAUAAAUUGAUUCAUUGUGGAGC